AUGCAGCCGUCUCUGCUAUUUGUGGUGGCCCUGGCCGCGGGCGCUCUGGCGUGGGACAAGAUCUGCGCCGUCCAGCCGCUCGGGGGCGGGCGCGACGACGGGCCCAGCAUCAACCAGGCAUUCAAGGAUUGCUCCGAGAACGCGGCGAUCAUCCUCGACAGCUACUAUAGCGUGAACACGCUAUUGCUAGCUGAGGGGCUCAGCCAUGUCGACAUCGUGCUCAGCGGGACGGUCCAGUACACUCCUAACAUCGCGUACUGGUCCCCGAACAGUCUGUAUAUGACGUACCAGAAUGCAACGACGUUCUGGUUCCUCUCUGGAAACUACAUUCAUCUGUACGGCGGUGGUACCAUCGACGGUAAUGGCCAGGUAUGGUGGGACACCUACAACGUUAGCCAGAAUUCCGGCACUGCAGGCGGCUCGUCUACGACAUUCGCGCGUCCCGUUCCGCUCACAGUCGGCAACGCAUCUAACGUCCUCGUGGAGGACAUCACCGAAAUUGGCUCGCCAUUCUGGUUCGUGUAUCAAAGCACGAACGUCACGUACAGACACAUCAACAUCAGCUCCGUCUCGUACUCCAGCGCGCCCACAGCAAACUCCGACGGCUGGGAUAUUUAUCGCUCCUCUUAUGUCACGAUCACAGACUCAACAGUGAACAACGACGACGACUGCGUCUCCUUCAAGCCAAACAGCACCAAUAUCGUCGUCAGUAACAUGUGGUGUAACGGCUCGCACGGUAUUUCCGUCGGCAGUCUCGGUCAGUACGCUGGCGAGACCGAUAUCGUUGCAAAUGUGUUUGUCAAAAAUGUGACGAUGCAGCAUGCACAGAACGGCGCGCGCAUCAAGGUCUUCGGCGGUAGCCCUUAUGCUAACAGCACAGCCGGAGGAGGCAGUGGCUACGUGAGGAACAUCACAUUCGAGGACUUCUAUGUCAAUGAUGUCGACAACCCCAUCUAUCUCAACCAGUGCUACUCGACGAGCGCUGAGGUCUGCGCGCAGUACCCAAGUAACCUGACCAUCUCUGACGUCCACUACAUCAAUGUAACCGGCACGUCAUCUGGCGCGGAGGGCAGUGUUGUCGUGGAUCUGGAGUGCUCCGCCGAGUGCGAGGACAUUACCGCAACAGGUACGGACCUAAGGUCCCCGAAUGGCACUGCAACGUACAUCUGCGAAAACAUCGCGACUGUGAGCGAGCUCGACUUCAACUGCACGGCGCCGAGCUCGUAG